UGACAGUUGCCCAAGGUGACACUAAAUGAGUGGGGUAUACAGAAGGUCCUUGAUGACUGGCCUAGAAGCUCUCACGUGUCUUACUGAUCAAUCAGCUGGACCCACUGGGUGCACCACACGGCUUUGCAUUGCGCCCUGAAACCGUGUUUUUAAAAAGCCAUCUUCUCAGACUGCAGUGCCGGUUACGCAGUGUGUAGCUUUCCCUUGACCUGCUGCGCAGUCCUUUGCUGUCAUGCUGUCAUGCAGAUAAGACGUCUCGAGAGUGACAGGUCGCUUACCUUUACUUAGGUUCUCGCUGACUACUAUGGAAGGAGGAAAGAGAAACUAGGAAUAUUUCUUUUAAAUCAUCAUUCAACUUCUUCACAGAGUUAUUGUGGCCUUCUGAACUAAUAUGACAGGUACCUAGCAUCUAGCAAAAGAAUGGCAGCUGCUUACCUCGACCCGAACUUGAAUCACACACCGAAUUCGAGUGCCAAGACUCACCUGGGUACAGGUGUGGAACGCUCCCCUGGAGCGAUGGAGCGCGUGCUCAAGGUCUUUCAUUAUUUUGAGAGCAACAGCGAGCCAACCACCUGGGCCAGUAUCAUCAGGCAUGGGGACGCUACCGACGUCAGGGGCAUCAUUCAGAAGAUAGUGGACAGUCACAAAGUAAAGCACGUGGCCUGCUAUGGAUUUCGCCUCAGUCACCUGCGGUCCGAGGAGGUUCACUGGCUCCAUUUGGAUAUGGGUGUCUCCAACGUGAGGGAGAAGUAUGAACUUGCACACCCACCAGAGGAGUGGAAAUAUGAAUUGAGAAUUCGUUAUUUGCCAAAAGGAUUUCUAAACCAGUUCACUGAAGACAAGCCAACUUUGAAUUUCUUCUAUCAACAGGUGAAGAGCGAUUACAUGUCAGAGGUAGCCGACCAGGUGGAUCAGGACAUUGCUCUGAAGCUGGGCUGUCUAGAAAUACGGCGGUCAUACUGGGAGAUGCGGGGCAAUGCGCUGGAGAAGAAGUCUAACUAUGAAGUUUUAGAAAAGGAUGUCGGCUUGAAGCGAUUUUUCCCUAGGAGUUUACUGGAUUCUGUCAAGGCCAAAACACUCAGAAAACUGAUCCAACAGACGUUCAGACAGUUCGCCAACCUGAACAGAGAAGAAAGCAUUCUGAAGUUCUUCGAGAUCCUGUCCCCAGUGUACAGAUUCGAUAAAGAAUGCUUCAAGUGCGCCCUCGGUUCGAGCUGGAUCAUUUCGGUGGAGCUGGCGAUCGGCCCGGAGGAAGGCAUCAGCUACCUCACGGACAAGGGCUGCAGCCCCACACACCUGGCCGACUUCAAUCAAGUGCAGACCAUCCAGUAUUCAAACAGCGACGACAAGGACAGGAAAGGAAUGCUCCAGCUGAAAGUCGCAGGCGCGCCCGAGCCUCUGACAGUGACAGCGCCAUCCCUAACCAUCGCUGAGAAUAUGGCUGACUUGAUAGAUGGAUACUGCCGGCUGGUGAAUGGAGCCACGCAGUCUUUUAUCAUCAGACCCCAGAAAGAAGGCGAACGGGCUUUGCCAUCGAUACCAAAGCUGGCCAACAGUGACAAGCAGGGCGUGCGGACACAUGCGGUCUCCGUGUCAGAAACAGACGAUUAUGCGGAGAUUAUAGAUGAAGAAGAUACUUACACUAUGCCCUCAACCAGGGACUAUGAGAUUCAAAGAGAGAGGAUAGAGCUCGGCCGCUGCAUCGGGGAAGGCCAGUUCGGAGACGUGCACCAGGGCGUUUACAUGAGCCCGGAGAAUCCAGCUUUGGCGGUUGCAAUUAAAACAUGUAAAAACUGUACUUCGGACAGCGUGAGAGAGAAAUUCCUUCAAGAAGCCUUGACGAUGCGCCAGUUCGACCACCCUCACAUCGUGAAGCUGAUCGGAGUCAUCACGGAGAACCCCGUCUGGAUCAUCAUGGAGCUGUGCACACUCGGAGAGCUGCGGUCGUUCCUGCAGGUCAGGAAGCACAGCCUGGGCCUGGCGUCGCUGGUGCUGUACGCCUACCAGCUGGGCACGGCCCUCGCCUACCUGGAAAGCAAACGAUUCGUGCACAGGGACAUUGCUGCUCGGAAUGUUCUGGUGUCCUCAAAUGAUUGUGUGAAAUUAGGAGACUUUGGAUUGUCCCGCUAUAUGGAAGACAGUACCUACUACAAAGCUUCCAAAGGAAAAUUGCCUAUUAAAUGGAUGGCUCCAGAGUCAAUCAAUUUUCGACGUUUUACCUCAGCUAGUGAUGUGUGGAUGUUUGGCGUGUGCAUGUGGGAGAUCCUGAUGCACGGCGUGAAGCCUUUCCAGGGCGUGAAGAACAACGACGUGAUCGGCCGGAUCGAGAACGGGGAACGGCUGCCGAUGCCUCCAAACUGCCCUCCGACGCUCUACAGCCUCAUGACGAAGUGCUGGGCCUACGACCCCAGCAGGCGGCCCCGGUUCACCGACUCGGCCUGCUGGACAAGGCUCCUGACCGGGCAGACGAUCCGGGAAGAAUUCAGGCCGGCCGGCGGCAGCCCCGAGCCGCGGGACAUGUGGGGCGGCAGGCGGCCCCCGGCGGAGCGGCGCACGAUCCUGGAGGAGGAGAAGGCUCAGCAAGAGGAGCGGAUGCGGAUGGAGUCCCGCAGACAGGUCGCGGUGUCCUGGGACUCCGGAGGAUCCGACGAGGCACCGCCCAAGCCCAGCAGACCCGGUUAUCCUAGUCCAAGGUCCAGUGAAGGAUUUUAUCCCAGCCCACAGCACAUGGUACAAACCAACCAUUACCAGGUCUCUGGCUACCCCGUUCCACAUGGGGUAACAGCCAUGGCCAGCAGCAUCUACCCGGGGCAGGCAGCUCUCUUGGACCAGGCGGACCCGUGGAAUCACAGGCCGCAGGAGACGGCGACGUGGCAGCCCACCGCGGAGGAGUCUGCAGCACUGGACCUGCGGGGCCUCGGCCAGGUGCUGCCGCCACACCUGAUGGAGGAGCGGCUGAUCCGGCAGCAGCAGGAGAUGGAGGAGGACCAGCGCUGGCUGGAGAAGGAGGAGCGCUUUCUGAAGCCUGACGUGCGGCUCUCACGAGGCAGCAUCGACAGGGAGGACGGAGGGCUCCAGGGCCUGACUGGAAACCAGCACAUCUACCAGCCCGUGGGGAAGCCAGAUCCUGCAGCUCCGCCAAAGAAGCCACCACGCCCUGGAGCCCCUGGCCACCUGGGCAGCCUCGCCAGCCUCAGCAGCCCUGGGGACAGUUACAACGAGGGCGUCAAGCCGUGGAGGCUUCAGCCCCAGGAAAUCAGCCCCCCUCCCACUGCCAACCUGGACCGCUCCAACGACAGGGUAUACGAGAACGUGACGGGCCUGGUGAAGGCCGUCAUCGAGAUGUCCAGCAAGAUCCAGCCAGCCCCGCCAGAGGAGUACGUGCCCAUGGUGAAGGAGGUCGGCCUGGCCCUGCGGACGCUGCUGGCCACGGUGGAUGAGACCAUUCCCGUCCUGCCGGCCAGCACCCACCGAGAGAUCGAGAUGGCCCAGAAGCUGCUGAACUCCGACCUGGGGGAGGUCAUCAGCAAGACGAAGCUGGCCCAGCAGUGCGUCGUGACCAGCCUCCAGCAGGAGUACAAGAAGCAGAUGCUGACCGCCGCCCACGCACUGGCCGUCGACGCCAAGAACCUGCUGGACGUCAUCGACCAGGCCAGGCUGAAGCCGCGCGGACAGACGAGGCCGCACUGAGCGGCGCCCAGGGCCGUGCGCCCGAGCUCCACCAGCAGCGAGGACGCCGCCUGUCCUCCGUCGCCAGCACCCACAGCGCAGCCGUCUCUGACUGACAGCUGGUCGAAAAUCUCUCGUACAGGUCUAACCACGUUCUGAUUUGGGCUCAUUUUUUUUUUUUUUUUUUUAAUCGGUGUUAAGAAAAGUUCAGCAUCCAAAAUGUGGCGUUUUUCUAAGAAUGAAAAUCGUACGUGGGACGCUUUUAAGAUUCAUGAAGCAGAGCUUGCGUGCGCGUGAGGCCGUGUCCCCGGCGAGGCCAAGGCCGGCACGCGUUGGCUCCUGGACUCGCCGAGCUGCACGUUGGAAGGAGACAGGGCGGAGGGGAAGCCGACCGGAACGUUCCCCAGACCGGGGUCUCGUUGUUAGAACACUCUUCAGUUGCAAUAUGCUAAUACCACUUUACAGAGAGAGAAUAUAAAAGCUAUAUUUUGAAGACUUGAGUCAUUUCAGAAAAAGACCUACGACCCUUUCGUCUUUCCCGCCUUUUACUUUCACGUGGACGUGUGAAACAUUCGGUUGGAAACUAGCUGUAGAACACUCUGAAAAACAUUUGUCUUUUUCCACCAGAAUAAUGUGCCAGUUUUUGUAGCGAUGUUCUUGGAAGCAGAAAUGCUUCGGACCAGAGCACCUCCCCCCUGCAGCGAGAAGAGGUUCUGGAACCAUCCGUUUUCCAUUUUUGUAUAAUUUAUAAAGAAAGAUUAAAGCCAUGUUGACUAUUUUACAGCCACUGGAGUUAACUAACCCUUCGUCGUGUCUUUCUUCCCAGGAGAGAGUUAAGCGAAACAGAUUUGGUUUUCUUCUGCUGUCCGUGACGCCAUCAUUCUGUUCCAUGAUUUUGAGACUCUACCCUCCCUGUAGUUUGUCGGGGGAUAUAAAUUAUUCUCAGGAAGAAUAUAAUGAACUGUACAGUUACUUUGACCUAUUAAAAAGGUGUCACCAUUGA